CCUCGGGUGACUCGGGUGUCCGAGCGGGACACGGCUGCCGCUGCCUUUUGUUUCAUGCCUGCCGCCUUGUGUUUAAUGCCUUUUGUUUAACGCCUUUUGUUUCAUGCCUGUCGCUUUUUGUUUAAUGCCUUAUGUUUCAUGCCUGCCGUCUAACCCCGGCGCACCUGAACGCGGUCGCGCUGCGAGCUGCCGGGCUCAGCUGCUGCUCGCAGUGCCGGAAAGCAGCCCGGGCUCUUGCGAGGGGAGAAGAGAAACAUAAAGCUUGAAAUAGAGAAAUAGGGAAGUUCCAGCUUCCCUAAGAGAAAGGGAAAGAUGACGAUGCACUGAUAUGGCCGGCCUGGGUUUGGAAAUCUGUUCUUUGAGGAAGAAAACUAAGAGGCUCUGCUGCCCGGAGGCUGCACGAAAUGGAGGCAAAUCUCAUCACCAACUUCACGUCCUCACCGAAUAACGUUCCUCGAGUGAAAAAUCCCGCAGACGCUGAGUGCCAAAGCAAUACGAGAGGUUUUGCAGCCUGGAUAACGAGGCGGGUCGUUCCCUCCUCUUUCUCCUGAUCGCAGGCUUCUUUCGGGGACAGCCGGCCGUGCCGGACGCGCUGUGCUCCGGGGCGGCACUGAGAGCUGAAACCCUUCUUUGAGCUGCUCUGAGGGGACGAAGGCAGCAAAGCGCCCAGUAUUUGCCACCAUCUUCCCUUUUGAAGCAUUUGGAAGCAGCAAUUGAGAGUGGGCUUUAAGAAGACAGAACUUGGGGGCUGUUUCUGCCUCUGCCAUCAGCUCUUUUGUGCCUGUUUAUUUCAGUCGCAUAUGAUGUCUGCUCCUAGUGGCUUUCCUGCCCCAUCUGCACCACCUUCAUAUGAAGAGACAGUAGGAAUCAAUGUGAACUAUCCUCAUCCCUACCCUGUCCCAGAUCCUGGCCUCAGACCAGGUGGGAAGGGAGUGAACCCUCCCCAGUACCCAGAACAGCCCAUGCCAACAAGUAGCCCUGUUACAGUUCAGACGGUGUAUGUGCACCAACCAGUAGUGGUGUUCUAUGACCGCCCAGUUCAGAUGAGUUGCCCUUCCUGCAACCAGGUGAUCGUGACACGUCUCUGCUAUGAGCCAGGAGCAUUGACUUGGCUGUCAUGUGGUGGCCUCUGCCUGCUGGGGUGCAUAGCUGGCUGUUGCUUAAUUCCAUUUUGCGUUGAUGCUCUGAAAGAUGUGGAACACUUCUGUCCGAAUUGCAAUGCCCAUGUUGGUUCUUACAAACGUCUAUAGGCAGUGUGUAAGCACUAAGAGUUGGUUGGCACCUCUCUGAGCCCUUACUGAAGCUUAAUGGAGGCUUCAUAGUUUUUUUUCUGUCCUGUCACUGGAAACCAAUAAAAAUUGAUGUUUGUUGCCAGAUUGUUUGAAUAAGAAUUUGCUAAGAAUUGAUGAUUCUGACUUAGGUCUUUUUAGGGCUCGAUGGACUGCUCAGUCCUGCACCAGGUGGUGGCUGCUAAUUGUUUGCCCCUUUCUGCCUUAUGCAAAACAGGUUGCUGAUGUUGGUCCAGUUAAUCUUAACUCAAUUGUGUUGCACACUCUUUGCUUGCUUUACAGUCUUGGCACAGACCACAAGGAGAAUGUCUGUAGAGGACUGCAUAGCCUCGUGCUUGGUGUUGAUGCUAGUGCAACAGCAAAGUUCACAAACUGGCAGGCAAUUGCUUGCCUCUCACGCAGGAGCCCCUCUGACGAAGGAAGCAACUUGGUCCCCAGUGUUAUCAGUUGGAUACUUUUUUAUGAGUACUAAAAUUAACUUCAAAACUUUCUGUGAAAGACAAUCAAACUUAGAGGCUUCUUCCUUUUUGGAAGCUGCGUUACCAAAUGGGCAACUCAGGCUCUUGUGCAUCACUGGUGAUUGAAUGUAGUACCCGAAUUUCCUUGCUAAUUUUCAGUCUACUUGUAUCUUUACCUUGCAGUAGAGUUGCCUACUCAGAAAUUAUUAAUAGAUAUUUCUUCAUUUUUUUCUUUCUUACUGCUGAUUUAUUAGACUCAUUUUCCAAAUAAAAGGUAACUUCUGUUCUCAGAAACCUAAGCUGUAUGUGAUGGUGAACACAAAAAUUAAAGUGACACUGAAGGUUGAAGAAUUUAAAAAAUGGUAGACGUGGUCUGAAUAUCCUCUGAGUUCAUGUGGGUGACAGCUGUGUGGAGCCAGCAGCCAGGUGUUGGGGCAAAGCUGCGAUGCUGACGUUGUGUUCAUCUCUGUAAAGGCCACAAAUAAAUAUGGAUUUAAAAAUGCA